AAGCAACUAAGCAAGUAAGCAACACACACUUUUUAAUUUCUGACAACGUUGCUUGGCCAUGCUUUUAGAUUUUACGUCGUCUGCUACCUACUAUUAUUGUUUGAACCUUUGAAAUUCAAUUUGUGUUUCCGAUUACGCAUCACGUCACUGUAUGCGUUGAUUCUAUUUCCAAUACAAAUUUAAACAUGGCAACUGACCACAAAACACUGCAACCAUUGGAAUUUUACAAGACUUUCCUUGAUCGCAAGUCACGCCCAGACGGUCGGAAACUGCUGGAAUUCAGAAAAAUGACUCUAAAUGCUGGUUCCAUAGGAACAGCUGAUGGCUCAGCUAUUGUCAAAUGUGGAAAUACUACUGUCAUUUGUGGCAUCAAAGCUGAACUAGCUGCUCCAGAAAGAGAGGAGCCUUCUAAAGGCUUCAUCAUCCCAAAUGUGACACUGCCAUCCUUAUGUUCUUCACAAAUAAAAUCUGGCCCUCCUGGAGAAACAGCUCAAGCUGCUACCCAGUUUAUAGCUGAAUUAGUCAAUAACAAUAUUAUUAUGGACUUGGAAACAUUGUGCAUAAAGGUUUCAAAAUGGGCUUGGGUUCUUCAUUGUGAUCUACUCUGCAUUAACCUUGAUGGGAGUUUACUAGAUGCUUGUGUGAUGGCAUUAGUAGCUGCACUGAAAAAUUUGAAACUUCCCAUUGUGAGUUAUGAUGAGGAGAUGGACAAACUAGUUUCCAACCCAGAUGAAAAAAUGAGUUUUGACACAAUUAAGCAGCCAGUUACAUCAACAUUCUCCUUAUUUGAUAAUGGUAUUUUGAUCAGUGAUCCUACAUUUGAAGAGGAGCAGUUGGCUGCUGGAUUAACAUCUAUUACCAUGGAGGGUACUUCAGUUACACAUAUGUAUAAGCCAGGAGGAUGUACUUUAGAUGAGAAACAGGUGAAAAAACUUAUUCAGCAAUCAGAAUUGAAAACAAAGGAGGUUGCAAGAUUGAUUGAAGAGGCUUGUUCAUCAUCUAUUGCUGAACGAUGAAAUUGUUCGUCAUUCCUUGUUUGGUAUUGAAAAUAAUACAGUUUCAAAUGUCAGUUUCAA